UGGUACAACUCAAACGAAACGUAACGUAAGAACGAAGAGAAUUUGAAAGAGAAAAUCAAAUCAGGAUCGUCGAAAUCUGAUCAUGUGGGAGUCGAUUUGCCUGACCUUGGCGGCCACCGCCGGUAACAACAUCGGAAAAGUCCUUCAGAAGAAGGGCACCGUCAUUCUCCCUCCUCUCUCGUUCAAGCUCAAGGUGAUAAGGGCAUAUGCCCUUAAUAGAGCUUGGUUGUUGGGUUUUUUGAUGGACAUAUUUGGAGCUUUGUUGAUGUUGAGAGCAUUAUCUCUAGCUCCUGUAUCAGUUAUCCAACCCGUUUCUGGCUGUGGACUUGCUAUUCUUUCUGUUUUUUCGCACUUUUAUCUAAAGGAAACCAUGAAUGUUAUUGACUGGAUGGGAAUUACUUUAGCAGGCAUUGGCACCUUAGGAGUUGGUGCUGGUGGUGAGGAACAAAAGGCUUCUGCCAUUUCUGUACUUCAGUUACCAUGGCUUGUAAUCAUCGUCGCCAUCUUGUUUGUACUUCUCAAUGGUUGGCUCCGUAUUUGCAAACGUCAACGAAGAGAACAGGAAUUGAUGGAAUUUGAAGUUGUUGAGGAAAUUAUAUAUGGCCUAGAAUCUGGCAUUUUGUUCGGGAUGGCAUCUGUUAUAUCAAAGAUGGGAUUUGUUUUCUUGGAGCAGGGCUUCCCCAGGAUGCUAGUUCCUAUAUGCAUCUCAAUUAGCAUAUGUUGUAGCGGCACAGGAUUCUAUUACCAGACUCGGGGUUUAAAGCAUGGGAGGGCGAUUGUGGUUUCUACAUGUGCUGCUGUGGCAUCAAUUGUUACCGGUGUGCUAGCUGGAAUGCUCGCUUUGGGUGAAAGAUUGCCAUCAGCGCCAACAGCCCGUUUAUCGCUUCUGCUUGGAUGGUUACUAAUAAUCCUCGGUGUGAUGUUACUUGUGAGUUCAACUCGGGUUCUUAGACUUCUUCCCCGCCGAUUAAGACGGUAUGUACAAAGUGGCGCUGAUCGGAAUUUCGGUGCAAGACAAUCCGGGUCCAACCGUGGUAGGGAUUCAAACCCUAGUACCGUUAUCCAGGCGGCAACUCUGCAUCAUUUGAUGGCAUCUUCUUCUGCUAAAGAGAAGGCUUGAAGAUGACAUUGAUAGAAAAAACUGCACUUGUCGAAUUUCUGGUUCGGCGGGGUUGCACAUAACAAUGGAGCUGGCUCCACAUUUUGGCUGGUAAUUGGAAUUGGAGGUUGGAUUGUAUAGUAUAUACAGUCUCUGUUUAGGGGUCCUGAGAGGGGAAGGAGGGUUUUGAAGGACCUUGGAGGCAUUGAAUUUGUUUGUUACUUUUUUUAUUUUUUUGGUUGGAAUUCUUUAUCAAUUGAAAAACAUUUUGUUUUACUACGGUUUGAACUUUGAAGAUGUUGUAACUUGUAGGACCAGUCCUCUGAAAAACCUUAAUAAUGUGUUGUAUUACUUACAUUCUAGCAAAGAAAAAAAAAUCUUUUUCAUUCUA